AUCAAUAGUGAGCAAAGUGAAGCACGAUAUAAAGAAAGUGGUUUAUAAAUAGUUUAUUAUAAUUUGUUUUCUAAUUUUGGUCGAGAUCUUUAGAAUUAUUGUGGCAGCGAUGAAUAUGUUCGAUUUCUCGUUCAUUAAAGGGUGCAUUUAUCCGGAAAUGGUGAAAGUAAAAGCUUCCCUCGAUGUCGUCUCUGCGACACAACAUUUCCUGUUUUAUUUUGAAGGCGGACGGCUCACUUCCGGUACCGGCCCUUCUUUCUCCCUAACCUGCGCCAUCUUGACUCCCGGGAGCAGGUAGCCAACGGCCGUUAGGAGCUGCUCGCGCGGCCCCUACGGCAGUUGACCGUUUUUUUUCCUCUCCUCUCCCGCGGCGGAAACAUGGCCCUCAGCGGCCUGGAGAGGGCCCAAGUGUGGCUCUCCAAGGCGGUGACGGGGGUCCUCCUCAUCCUCCUCCGGUUCCUGUCCCGGGGGAGCCCCGCGGAGACCGGGAAGAAGCUCCCGCCCGUCCGCGACCCGUUGCUGCUCGUCCCGGCGACGCAGCUCGCCAAAAAGAUCCGGCGGAAGGAGGUGUCCAGUGUGGAGGUGGUGCAGGCCUACAUCAACCGGAUCCAGGAAGUGAACCCCUUUCUGAACGCCGUGGUUAAAGACAGGUUUGCUUCCGCCCUCCAGGAGGCGGCUCAGGUGGAUAAGCUGAUUGAGGAGGAGACCGGGGGAGAGGAGGUGCUGGAGGACCGGCUGCCUUUGCUGGGAGUCCCUCUGUCCGUUAAAGAGUCCUUCUCCCUCCAAGGCAUGCCCCUGACCACGGGCGUGGUCUCCCGGCGGGGCGUGGUGGCGUCCGUGGACGCGCCCCCCGUGGCGCUGCUGAAGCGGGCGGGCGCCAUCCCGCUGGGCGUCACCAACACCAGCGAGCUGUGCAUGUGGUUCGAGGCGCACAACCACCUGUACGGCCUCACCAGGAACCCCUACGACCUGGGGAGGAUACCUGGGGGCAGCUCAGGGGGGGAGGCCAGCAUCCUGGCGGCGGCCGGAGCCGUUAUCGGCGUGGGCUCAGAUAUCGGCGGCAGCAUCCGGAUGCCCUGUUUCUUCAACGGGAUAUUCGGCCAUAAAACCACUCCAGGUGUGGUGUCCUCGGACAGCCAGUACCCGCCCACCUCCGGGCGUCAGGGCGAGUACCUGAGCUCCGGCCCCAUGUGCCGCUACGCCCAGGACCUGCUGCCCCUGCUCAGGGUCAUGGCCGGAGCCAACGCCAGCAUGCUGUCUCUGGACACCAAAGUGGAUCUGAAGAAGCUUCGGUUCUUCUCCAUCCCUCACGACGGUGGCUGUGUGUGGACCAACCCGGUCAGCAGGGAGCUGCUGGACGUCCAGAGGAGGGUGGUGCAGAGGCUGGAGGCCGACCUGGGGGUGAAGGUCCAGCAGGUGGCGCUGCCCAGGCUCCGAUACAGCUUCCAGAUCUGGGACACCUACAUGAGCCUCCCUGACAAGGACGGGAAACCCCCCCUGCCCUUCUCGGAGCUGAUGGGGGAGCCGGGGCGCCCCGCCUGGCCGUUCUGGGAGCUGCUGAAGUGGAUGCUGGGGAGGUCGAAUCACACCAUGGCGGCCAUCUCUCUGGGCCUGCUGGAGGCCACCCGCUGGUCCAAGACCUCGGCCUUCGUGGUUCAGCAGAAGGAGGAGCUGCAGCGGGAGCUGGACCAGCUGCUGGGGCCCGACGGAGUCCUGCUCUACCCCUCACACCCCCGGGUGGCCCCCCCCCACCACCACCCCCUGCUCAGGCCCUUCGACUUCGCCUACACCGGGAUCCUGAACAUCCUGGGGCUGCCGGUGACCCAGUGCCCGCUGGGCCUGGGGCCGGAGGGCCUCCCCCUGGGGCUGCAGGUGGUGGCCGGGAGGCUGCAGGACCACCUGACGCUGGCCGUGGCCGUCCACCUGGAGAAGGCCUUCGGGGGAUGGAGGGACCCCGGAGCCGAGUGA